AUGGCUCAGCAAGGGCAGGUGUUUAUCGACCCUGCUAUUUUGGAUGAUAUAAUCAAGCGUUUGUUGGAAUUUAAGCAAACAAGGAUUGCCAAACAGCAGCAGGUCCAACUAAGUGAGAGCGAGAUCCGCCAACUCUGCACUGUCUCUAAGCAAAUAUUUCUUCAACAACCUACUCUUCUGGAGCUUGAAGCACCCAUAAAGAUUUGCGGUGAUAUUCACGGGCAAUAUUCUGAUCUUUUGAGGCUAUUUGAGUAUGGUGGCUACCCUCCUCAUUCCAAUUAUCUAUUCAUGGGGGAUUAUGUUGAUCGUGGGAAGCAAAGUCUGGAGACAAUAUGUCUUUUGCUUGCCUACAAAAUCAAGUACCCUGAGAACUUCUUUCUUCUACGAGGAAACCAUGAAUCUGCAUCUAUUAACCGUAUAUAUGGGUUUUAUGAUGAAUGCAAGCGUCGGUUCAAUGUGAGACUCUGGAAAACUUUUACAGAUUCUUUUAACUGUCUUCCUGUUGCUGCUCUCGUAGAUGACAAGAUCUUGUGUAUGCACGGAGGUCUCUCUCCUGACUUGACAAACUUAGACCAAAUAAGGAACAUAACUCGUCCAGCUGAUGUUCCUGAUUCGGGUUUGCUAUGUGAUCUUCUUUGGUCUGAUCCCGGAAAGGAUGUUAAAGGAUGGGGGAUGAAUGAUCGCGGUGUCUCGUACACCUUUGGUGCAGAUAAGGUUUCAGAAUUUUUAAUGAAAAAUGAUAUGGACCUAAUUUGUCGUGCUCAUCAGGUUGUGGAGGACGGAUAUGAGUUCUUUGCAGAUAGACAACUGGUGACCAUCUUUUCUGCUCCAAAUUAUUGCGGCGAGUUUGAUAACUCUGGCGCUAUGAUGAGCGUUGACGAAACUUUGAUGUGUUCUUUUCAAAUACUUAAGCCAGCUGACAAAAAACUGUGAAGAGAUAUAGUUACUCACUUGAUUUCUGCUUAUGAUCACUAAUGUUACUAUCUAUACACCUCAUACAUUCAUUUACAUCAAGAGGAAAGUGAGCAAGUUUGUGAGCCAUUGCAUUUGCUUCUCGUCGUACAUACUUCCAGGUUCUAAAGUCGCCUUGUUCUACAGCUUCUAGGAUGGAUUUGCAAAUUGUUCAUGUCUCUGUCAGAUCCUUCGUUUGUUUUUGGAGCUUGGUCACAAGGGCUUUACAGUCUAACUUGAUCUCGUAUGGUCCCAAACUGAAGCUCCUUAAUCAUGGUUAUUGCUAGCAGGCCCAAUGCUCCAACUUCUAUAGCCUUUCACAUAAACCUCCAGCUCCCUUAGAAUUACUUUUUUGUAGUCAUUAUCUUAUGAAGGUGAAGCUUUCAAACUUCCUUCUCAUUAUGGAGCUACUUGUUUACGACGAAGUUUGCUCUCCUUUUUUGUUUAGUUUUCUCACUAGAUGUUACAAGGGC